GCUUACACGAAACUGGGAUACUCUUGUUUGUCAAAAAAACAUUUCAAGUGAUCGCAGGCGACAGCAAUGUGCUAGUGUUGCAGUUAAUGUGUAGUCGUCAGUUAACCAUUUACGCCGUCUCGGCGUAGUUUGCAGGCUGCAUAUCGUCCUAGGUUACGUUGCUUAUCUCGAGUCGACAUGGCUGAUGACAGAGAAGUACUUAGAGAGGUCUGGGAAGGCCGACUCCCUGUCGCCUUUAGCUUGUCUUCCGAUGAAGUCAGUGUGAUGGAGCAACCCGAACCAUAUUACUUACUGGUACCAAGACAAAGUUAUUUAACGCUAGUUACAGACAAAGUACAAAAACACUUCAAAACAUACACAGAUCCAGAUAAAGUUGGUGAAGUAUGGUUUGAAUAUGAAGGCCAGCCACUCAAAUGGCAUAUACCUAUUGGUGUACUCUUUGAUUUGUACAGCUUUUCUUCAACGUUGCCAUGGAAAAUUACACUACAUUUUCAGAAUUUCCCAGAUGAAGAACUGUUAGGAUGUAGAAGCAAAGAAGCAAUAGAGUCUCACUUCAUGGCCUGUGUCAAGGAGGCUGAUUGCUUAAAACAUAGAAGUCAAGUUAUUAAUGGUAUGCAGAAGAAAGAUCAUAAACAACUCUGGAUGGGAUUACAGAAUGACAAAUUUGAUCAAUUCUGGGCCAUCAAUAGACGACUAAUGGAACAUACGGGGGACGAACCAUUUAGGAAUAUUCCAUUUAGAAUAUAUCAGGUGGAUAAAUCUUAUAUACAGAGCUUGUUCCGACCAGUUACAGAUGAUGGUGAACCCUUGACACUUGGUGAUUUAUUAAAGGAAAACCUUCCUGACAUUAUACCAAAAAUAGAUGCCUGUGUUACUCAGGUGAUAAUCCAAGGUGUGGAACCCCCUCUAGACACCCCAAUACAGUGGCUCAGUGAACAUUUGAGUCACCCAGAUAACUUCUUGCAUAUUUGUGUACUACAUGAAACUGACGAUAGAUAA